AUGACAAGUAAAUUAUUAUUGCACGUUUUUAUCCUAAUUUCUGUUGUACCUGUCUUGGAUGCAGCUUUCUGUCACGGAUCGCCCAAGAAAACAGCCCAACCUAAUCUGAUUCCAAUAGAUACAGGUGUACCAAGAUUCAUCAGAUCCGUACCUAAUGGUAAACUUUAUGAGGUUGGUAGUGGUGAAGAUGCUUUCAAAAUUAUUCAUGUCUAUGGAACAUCAUAUGAAAUGGGAUACGCCCAAGGCCAGUUAAUACCAAAUGAUACCCAGAGGAUGGUGAACGCCGUUUGGGAAUAUAUGGAGGACCAAAUCGCAUUCCAUCGAUCAAAUACAAUAGUUAUGUCAAUUCUUCGUUACAGUUUAGAUGCAGCCUUAGAUUUGGAAGAACUAAUAACUAAGCGUUUCACUAAUCCUAAGUUCUUCGAAGAAAUUCGGGGAAUUAGUGAUGCUGCUCAUGUUGAUGCAAAGAAGUUGAUCAGAAUUCAUUUGAUUGGAGAGCUAACGAAAGGAUCUUGCUCUAUGUUGGGGGCUUGGGGUAAAGCUGUACCUGUUGCCGAUUCUCUUCUUCAGUUAAGAGCAUUAGAUUGGGCAGUUGAUGGUCCUUUUAAAGAUUUUCCACAAGUGACAGUCUAUCACCCAGUUAAUUCUACCUAUGGUCAAGACUUUGCAAAUUUUGGUUGGACGGGAUGGAUUGGUUCCAUCACAGGUAUGAAUUCCAAACAAAUGGCAAUUUCAGAAAUUGGUGUAUCUUUCCCUGAUGAAACAUUUGGUAAAGAAUCGAGGAUAGGCGUCCCUUUUACGAAUCUAUUGAGAGAUAUACUACAGUAUGAUAGAACAUUAGAUGAUGCCAUCAACCGUAUCUCUAAUAGUAAGCGAACGUGUGAUCUUAUUCUGGGAGUUGGAGAUGGAAAGCUUCCAGCAUUUAGAUCUAUCGAAUAUUCGGCAUCGGUGGCUAAUUUUUAUGAUGAUAUGAACAUGCAACCUUCAGCAGAAUGGCAUCCUAGAAUUGAUAAUGUUGUUUACUAUGGCAUGGAUUGGGAUUGCCCUUCAUUUAACAGUGUUUUAGCAAAACAGAUUCAAACGUAUUAUGGAAAUAUUACGGCGGAGGUUGUUAUAAGAAAUAUAGUGUCUAUUGUUCAAACGGGCAAUAUGCAAGUUGCUGUUUACGACCUGACUCAGAACAUCGCAUAUUUAUCCAAUGCUAAAGCUACAUAUGAAAGCACUGGUGGGAAAUAUGCGUAUGAAAGACAAUAUGUGAAAUUGGAUAUGGGAAGAUUAUUCAGUGAAAAGGCACCACAACUGCAGCCAUAA